CACUCCUUCAACCGUUGCCUUGAAGGCGAAGUUCAACACGGCUUCGGACCGUCUUGAAGUCUUCCUCGAUGCGUAUGCCAAUCCCGACAAACUACGCGCUUCCGUUGCGAAAGCAACCUCCUCGAAGCUGGAAGAGCUCCUGCAGAUCUUCGUCACCUCCUUUGAAACUUUCUGCGAAACCUUCCCCGCUUCUCCCGACAACAGCCUUCCUGACGAGAUCUCCUCAGCAUCGAAACGAUCCGCUGAUCUCAUGGCAAGGUCCGACAGAUUGUCGAUCACCCUCGAGUCCAUCUUCCUCGAAAAUUCUUCUCAAAUCGCCGUUCCGACCAACAAAACGGAGAAGUCAAACAAACUACCGAAAGUUGAACUUCGUUCGUUUGACGAAGUUAAUCCUGAAAUCUGGUUCGACCAACUCGCUCUCCAGAUGCGAGCCGCCAAAAUUACUGACGAACACCAUCAGUUUGCGACGUUGACAAGAUUCCUGGACUCAAACCAAUCUUUAUUCAUCUCUCCAGUCCUGAAAUCAAACGAAUCAUCUCCUUACUCGGCAGCAAAGAAACUUCUUCUUCAACAAUACUCACUCUCAAAAAUUCAACGUCUCCGGAAGGCAAUCUUUGAUGAGAAGCGUGGAUCCGAAGAAAAAACUUCGCACCUCCUUUCAAGACUGGAGCCCUUGUUGAAAGACACUGGUAUUGACGAAUUAAAAAAAUUCUUGCUUCUUUCUUCCCUGCCCGAUACAGUGAAGGAGCACGUUGCAACCAAGUUCGAUUCUGCUUCCGUCUCCGAUUUUUCAAAAGAAUGCGAUGCCCUUCUCGACAUCCGCCAAAACAAGGAAGCCGGAACGGUCUCAGUCUCAACGGUCUGGAACACAAAAAACAUCGGUAAGAAUUCAAAAAGAGGAAAAAGAUCCGAUAACUCUAAAAACAGAAGACCCUGCACGUCACAUCUGGCUUACGGAUCCCAAGCAAGGACAUGCCGUGGCCCUUCGUGCCCAAACUGGUCAGAAGAUUUACAGCAG